UUGGAAUAAAAAUGGCUACUAUGCUUAUUAUUAUAGGUUAUUUCCUUUGAUAAGCAUUGAUACUGUUUGGUGGAUCUUCAUUGGGGCAGUUUCACAUUGGUGUUUGGUUUUUAUUUGGAACCUAAGAGGGAGGUUUGGUGUUACUUGGUCACAUUGUUUUGAUAUAAAUUUUCUGGUUGUCUUGGUUGCAACGCAUGGAUCACUCGCAGCAAGUCAAUUUCUGUGCCUGGCUUCAUCAACCCAGUUGCAGAGAUCCAGCUUUGAUAUUACAACGGUUAUGGAGCUCUUCUUCAUGGUGGCACAGGUGGACGAUAUGGUAUCAAUAAAGCUUGAUGUUUAUCAUUCUCCUGUUGUAAUUACAAUUCUUUCAGAGCAAAUGAGGAGUACAUAUGAUGUUUGCAUGGUAUAUCUGGUCAAUGGAAAGAGUUUCAGGAAAGGAAACAAUUCUGUUACUGAUCUGAGCGGAAGAGGGGCCGAGAGAACAUGGUGUCUGGUUUAUGUAAAUUGGUUUGCUACGGAUUAUUUUUCGUAUAAUGCAUUAGAGUUUGAUUUUGGGAAUGGGUUAUAUUUUCUAAUACAAACCAUCUUGUGGAAGUGGUUUUCUUUGGUCUGGAGGCUUAGUGAUAUAAAAGGUCGAGGGUUUUUACAAAUCCGGUUACGUAGUGACGGCAUGAGACGUCUUACUAUGCUACUUCUCAUGUGUUUGGCCUCCUUAAGUCAAACACAGACACUAUUGAAGUACACUGAGAAAACGGUUAUGGGCGUGGAUUAUGGGUGCAAGGUUUUUCAAAUGAUGUUAAUAGGGCCUGUUUCUGAUGUUUUUGUGAAGUUGAAAAUGUUCGGUAUGGAGUGGACUCAACAGUUAAUGCAAAUAUGGAGUGUUUAUUUUGAUCAAGGCAAUUGUAUGGAUAUUUCUCAGUCGUGGUCUUUGUGGAAAUCUAUGCUGAUACAAAUGAUAUUUCUUAAGUACUCUUGGGUCGUCUCGUUAUGUGUUGUUCAAGAUGGUUAUAAUAAUGGUUCUCGGAGUGUGACUUUAACCAAAGGUGUGAUGGAUUUAUAUAGGGGUGUUACAGGUGUAUUAAUCACCUUGAUAUGGUGUUCAUGGAAAUCUGGAAUUGUUUGGUUUUUGGGUGGCAUUGUACCUGAAUCCUCUAGCUCGUAUGAGCAAUUCAAUCACUUUUAUAUAUGAAAAUACUAAGUUGGAAUUGCAGAGGACUUGGAAGUCAUUGGACCAUAAGUUAUCUCAAGGAAAUACGUCAUAAACAUAAACCAGAUUUUUUAUUUCUCUCAGAGACUAAACAGGAGUUUGAAUUUGUUCAAAAAUUUCAAUCUCACUUUGGAUAUGAUAAUCUGGUCACUGUGGAUCCGAAUGGGAGGAGUGGUGGUUUAGCUCUCUUCUAUAACAACGAGUACCAAGUAAAGAUCUUAUAUUCUAGUAACAGAAUGAUUGAUAUAGAAGCAGUGACUAAUGGGAAACAAGUCUUCCUUACUUUUGUUUAUGGAGAUCCGGUUCAAACGCUUAGAGAACAAGUAUGGGAAAGAUUAACUCGGUAUGGGCUAGCACGAUCUGAACCUUGGUUUAUUAUUGGGGAUCUAAAUGAGAUAACUGGGAAUCAUGAAAAGGAUGGGGGGGCUCUACGCAAUGCAGCUUCUUUUAUUCCUUUUAAUAAUAUGAUAAGGAAUAGUGGUUUACUGGAAUUUCCGGCUCGGGGUAAUAAGAUGUCAUGGCAAGGACGAAGAGGCAAAGGGAAAGGAGCAUUUACGGUUAGAUGUCGAUUGGAUAGAGCCUUGGCUAAUGAGGAAUGGCAUACACUUUUCCCAUAUUCUUAUACAGAAUAUCUGAGACUGGUGGGAUCGGAUCAUAGACCUGUGGUAGCUUUUUUGGACGAUAAGGUUACAGGACGGAAAAGAGGACAAUUCAGGUUUGAUAAGCGAUGGAUUGGCCAAGAAGGACUCAUGGAAUCAAUUGUAUCGGGGUGGACAGAAAAUCAGGAAAGCCUUUCUGAAGAUUUUAUGACAAAGAUUAAUAAUUGUCGUCAUGAAAUUUCAUCAUGGCGGAAAAAUAAUCAACCAUAUGGGAAGGACAAAAUUCAUAAUCUCCAAAACGCGCUGGAAGAAGUACAAACAGAUAAUAAUAGGUCACAAGAGGAAAUUAUUGAGAUUUCCAGGAAAUUACAAGAGGCAUAUAAGGAUGAAGAGGAAUAUUGGCACCAGAAGAGUAGAAAUAUGUGGUAUUCAUCUGGGGACCUAAAUACUAAGUUUUAUCAUGCUUUGACAAAGCAACGUCGGAUCCGAAACAAAAUAGUGGGUCUCCAUGAUGAAGCGGGUAAUUGGAUUACAGAAGAGAACGGUAUUGAGAAAGUGGCAGUGGAUUACUUUGCUGGUUUGUUUAGUUCAACUAACCCAAGGGAGUUUGAUAGUUUUUUGGAGGAAAUAGGUCCAUCAAUUUCCCCCCAGAUGAAUCAAUUGUUACUGCGAAGAGCUACGGAGGAAGAAGUUCGACAAGCACUAUUUAUGAUGCAUCCGGAGAAAGCGCCUGGCCCAGAUGGAAUGACGGCCCUCUUUUUCCAACACUCCUGGAAUGUCGUUAAGAAGGAUGUGGUUGAGUUGGUCAAUAAUUUUUUGGUCACAGGAGAUAUGGAUUCACGGUUAAACAUAACAAACAUUUGCAUGAUCCCAAAAAUAGAGAGACCUACAAGGAUGACGGAACUAAGACCGAUAAGCCUAUGUAACGUUGGUUACAAGAUCAUUUCGAAAGUUUUAUGUCAAAGAUUGAAAAUUUGUCUUCCCCAUCUAAUUUCGGAGACGCAAUCGGCUUUUGUGGCAGGAAGGUUAAUAUCGGAUAAUAUUCUCAUUGCGCAGGAAAUGUUCCAUGGUUUGCGAACCAACAAAUCUUGUCAAAAUAAGUUUAUGGCAAUUAAAACGGAUAUGAGUAAGGCAUAUGAUCGGAUAGAGUGGAAUUUUAUAGAGGCCUUACUUAAUAAAAUGGGAUUUGAUCCGCAUUGGGUUAAAUUAAUGCGAGAGUGUAUAUCUUCAGUUCAAUAUAGAGUUUUACUCAAUGGGCAGCCACGAGGUCUCAUUAUACCUCAGCGGGGACUACGGCAGGGGGAUCCAUUAUCUCCUUAUUUAUUUAUUAUGUGUACAGAGGCUCUAAUUAUGAAUAUAAAAAAAGCAGAGCGGAUGAAACAAUUGACCGGUAUGAAGGUAGCCAGAGCGUGUCCAGCUAUCUCUCACUUGCUAUUUGCAGAUGAUAGUUUGUUCUUUUGCAAGGCAAACAAAGAAGAGUGCCACACUAUUCUUAGGAUACUAAAGGAUUAUGAGGCUGUAUCAGGACAACAAAUUAAUUUUCAAAAAUCCUCAAUUCAAUUUGGACAUAAGAUUGAGGAAUCAAGCCGUCAGGAAUUGCGAGAUAUAUUGGGAAUUCAGAAUUUAGGAGGAAUGGGUUCUUAUUUAGGUCUGCCGGAAAGUUUAGGAGGAUCCAAGGUUCAAGUGUUUGGUUUUGUACAAGAUCGUCUGAAUAAUAGGGUGAAUGGUUGGACCUUUAGAUUUUUCACUAAAGGGGGAAAAGAGGUGAUUAUUAAGUCUGUGAUAACUGCGCUACCAAACCAUGUGAUGUCCGUGUAUCGGUUACCGAAAGCUACAGUGAAGAAACUAACGAGUGCGGUAGCCCAGUUUUGGUGGAGUCCAGGAGGAAGCACACGAGGUAUGCAUUGGAAAUCAUGGGAUAAAUUGUGUGAACAUAAGGAUAAUGGUGGGUUAGGGUUCAAGGAUCUGAAUGAUUUUAAUACGGCAAUGCUUGGAAAGCAAUUGUGGAGGCUGAUCGAGAAGCCAAAUUCUAUUUUCUCUCGAGUUUUCAAAGGACGGUAUUACAGGAAUGCUUCACCCCUGGAUCCGAUUCGCUCAUAUUCCCCGUCGUAUGGCUGGAGGAGUAUCACCUCUGCUAGAUCUCUGGUUUGUAAAGGACUAAUUAAAAGGGUGGGUACAGGAUCAUCUAUCUCAGUAUGGAAUGAUCCUUGGAUCCCAUCCACUCGCCCGAGACCAGCUAACAAAAAUUCUCAUCACAGUUAUUCGGACCUUACAGUGGAUUCCCUUAUUCAUCAGGAUUCCCGCACUUGGAAUUUACAGGCACUUAGGACUUUGGUGGAGCCUAACGAUGCAAAGUUGAUUGAAAGUAUUCCUCUGAGUAGAAAUCAGAUGGAAGAUAGGAAUGGUUGGCAUUUCACUAAUAAUGGGAAAUAUUCGGUACAAUCAGGGUAUCAAGUAGAAAGGAUCUAUCCUGACAAGGAAAAACCACCAGAUUGUUAUGGUCCCAAUGUGGAUAUACUCAAGGCAUUUUGUUGGAAAGUGAAGUGUCCUCCAAAACUACGGCAUUUUCUAUGGCAGUUGGUGACAGGUUGUAUAGCAGUGACAAAGAAUCUAAAAUCUAGAGGAAUACAAGGAGAUACAGUUUGUGCACGGUGUGGAGACGCAGAGGAAUCAAUAAAUCAUGUCUUCUUUGAGUGUCCUCCGGCACGGCAAGUGUGGGCACUAUCUAAGAUUCCAUCAAAUCCAAAUUUUUUUCCAACUGGUUCUCUUUUUACUAAUAUGGAUCAUUUAUUUUGGAGAGUUAACCCAAAAAUGGAGGAUCAUCAGUUUGCAUGGAUACUAUGGUAUAUUUGGAAGGGCCGGAAUAAUAAAGUUUUCAGUAAUAUUGAUAUUGAACCGAGAGAGACGCUAAACUUAGCAGAAUUGGAGUCAAGACUUUGGGCUGAGGCACAAAAUAUCAAUAAUCCAAGGGUCGUACCUGAAGUACAGCUUAGAUUGCCCUUAGUGACCACAGGAAGAUGGUGUUUCACGGAUGGGUCUUGGAAAGAUAAAGAUGUUUUUUCAGGACAAGGUUGGCUCAGUACCCUUCCAGGGUUUGAGGGUUUGUUAGGGGCAAGGAAUGUAAGGGCAAGUUUAUCACCUCUUCAUGCGGAGAUAGAGGCAUUGACUUGGGCAAUGGAAUGUAUGAAAAACUUAAGACAAUAUCAGGUCACAUUUGCAACGGAUUGUUCUCAACUGGUGAAGAUGGUUUCAGAACCAGAGGAAUGGCCAGCAUUUGGAAGUUACCUGGAGGAUAUCAAGCUUUUGAGAAGAAGCUUCAUCAACUCAGAAAUUGUUCAUGUUUCGAGGACGGACAAUAAAAUGGCGGAUCGUUUGGCACGCAGUGCUCGGAUACAACCGUCGUUCGUCAUACACAUGGAUGCAGAGUUGCCACUAUAGUUUACGGAGUCUAUAUGAGUCUGUAAAUGUUCUUGCUGUCAAAAAAAAAAAAAAAAAAAAAAGUAAUAAUCAGUUUUUAACCUAAUUAGAAAAUAGGUGGGUCCAUUUCAGCUGAAUAAAUGUAAUAAAUGCAACCAAAUGCUCCAUCUGUUUCAUAUUAAGUAUCGUUAUAGAAAAAUUAUUUUGUUACAAAUAAGUGUCGUUUCCAAAUUUAAUGCAAAAUUUAUUAAUUUUAUUAAAUAUUUUAUUUUUUUAUUCGUUGAAAUAUGGUUAUGUGUAUGUGUUUUUGUAUAGAAAAUAUACAAAAUAAAUUGAUUCUUUAAUUUGUAUGCACAAAUCCAAAAUGACACUUAAAAUGAAACGGGGGAGUAUAACAAAAAAUCUAAUUAAGUCAACGUCAUAUUACUAGUUAGGAUAAUUUCUCUUUAUUUUUUAUGCAUGUAAAUUAUAAUGACUUAAAAUUAAUGAAUAAGCGAAAAAAUAUAUUAAAAAAUUAUUACGAUUUAGUUUGGUAAUCAAAAUUUAUAUACAUAAAUAAAGUUUCAAAAGGUUUUCGCUUAUGUUCCUGCAACUCCAAACCGGUAACAUUUUCAUGUUUCUUUCCGAACAUAACAUAUAUCAAAUUAUAAAUAAUUUUACCAAAAUAUAUUAUAAAUUCAAAA